CCAUGUGAUUCGCUGUCACCAUGACAAUCAAAUGGGAAGUUGAUUUGUGUCAUCUCUGAGCUAUGAUUGGUCCCCAGUGCCAGUUCCGGUUUCCCGGAAGGCUAGAGCAGUAGCAAGCAGAAGUUCUGUAGGCAGUGGAAGACAAUGCGAGAUGAGAGGCUAAGAGAUCAGGUAUGGCACAGACGAUGAUUUGGGUGCUGCUUUCUGUGGGUCUUUGCAUCCGUCAUGUCUUCGCUGCAUCAACGCUGACUUCCUCACUGGAUAUGAGUACCACUAUGGCAACUCCAGCAGUAACCACAACAAAGCCCAGGAUCAGCACAGUCACAAAAGUUUCGACUACAUCAGUGGUCAGUGACGCAACAACAGCAACAAAAACAAACACAGCAGCAGAAACCAACAGGACACUCACAGCAGAAAAGGUGGAUCUCACUGAGGUAACAACAGCAGAUUCGUUGCUUGAAAAAACUAACAUUUCAAAGACAACUCUUGGACUGACAACAAACAGUAAGACUUUUAGAGUAGUGAUUCCAAAGACAAACGCUUAUGUUUUGGCUGCCACUGCAACACCCAAACCACCUAAACAACCGCUAGCGACAGCCUCUUCCACUUUAAUCACCUCUGCUGAGGAGUCCAAUGCCAUUCAGAGCACAGGAUCAAGCCCCACCACAGCAGAGCAGAACAGAGGCCCCCAGCUGACACCAAGCCCUUCCCUGCUGGGAAUAGAGGGGACCCAGGGCCAUCUGGGGGCCACGGCAAGCUCACAGACAGCAUCCCCUGGGCCUGGGUUGGAUUCGACUCUAUUCGAGCAGAGGACGGAAAUUGAUGGGAGUGUAAACUAUACUGCCUCCAGUGAGGCAGGUCUGCCUCAGAGCUUAAGCUCCCCCCACUCCUCCAUGUCUCCAAGGGGAAACUCAACUCAGGCCAGGCCAGACAACACGGAGAGGCAGGAAAGGGAGAUACGCACCAACAGUGUGACAACAGCGAACGCAAGGAUGUACGAUGCAUACGCUGACACGACAUCAAGCGCCCAUCUCAAACAACCUACUGACAGAGUCACACACACCACCACAAACCUCCGAACAAUAUUCACCACCUUCAGAACUGGAGCAGCAACAGCAGAUCCUUCUUCUGCCCUGCGCACUUCCAAGGACAUGGAGACUGAUACAUCAAACAUCAGUCUGCCCGUCAACAGCACUUCAUCACUUAACAUCUCAAUUCAGUCACACACUCUGGCCACAACCACACAGAUGAUGACAGGAGGCGUAAGGCAAACUGGAACAGGGGAUUGCCAUCCUCUCCCAUCCUUCCCAUCCUCUCCCUUCUGUACAAAGUUGACCUGCUUCCUCAUGCUCUGGGUCCUUGCUACGCUUGCGUCCUUCUUCCUGGGACUCAAUAUCUUCCUGUGGGUUCGUCUGUCUGCUGUGAGGAAGAGCAGGAGCUGGGAGAUGGAGGGACUGACAGGGGCAAGAGGAGUGGAGAGAGGAACUGUAGAGGAAAAGGACAGCCUGUGGGCAAACCCAGGGGUGACAGUAGAGGAGAGCGCGGAGUUCUGGUACGCUAACGGCACCGUGAUCCCCAGCAGUGACAGACACAGAGGGACAGGGAAGGAGAGAAAAAAGGAGAAACGGAGAGAGAAAAAGGGGGAGAGGAUGAAUGGAAGCCUAUGGCCUCAGCCUGAAGUGACUAUGGCAGACAUCACAGAGUUCUGGUAUGGGAGGGAGAGGCCAAUGGGGAGGAAUCACCUGACAAUACUGGAGGAAGAGGAGGCCCGUUGCGUAGACUGAGGAAGAUGCUAAUGAGGACUAGUGACACUGGACCAGUCAGCCUGAGCCUUACAAUUCCCUCACUGUUUCAUUUCUGAGGCAAACCCAUUUGUAUAUUGAUUCAAUUGUUAAUUAUUCACUGUAUGCUUUGUCUUGCAAAGUAAAUGUUUCAUUCCACAACAUGAA